ACUACGUACAAUCCUUCAUUGUCCUUAUAAGUUCUUAUCUCCCAUGCAUAAAACCUAUAAAACUCAGCACUCUUUAACCCCAUUUUUUUCAUCCCAUAACACUUAAACAACUUCUCUAACUAAUUAAAAAUCAAUUUAUUAGUAGAGAUCAAAAAUGGCAACUUUGUUGUCCAAAACGCUAGCCCUUCUUCUUCUCCUUAACCUUCUCUUUUUCUCCCUGGUUUCCGCUUGCGGAGAAUGUGGAGGUGGUAGCCCAUACACCAGGCCUAAACACAAGCCUAAGCCCAAACACAAGCCCGGAACAAGGCCCACACCAUACCCAGGUAGUGGUAGCAGGGGUGGUGGUCGUUACCCUGGUUCCGGAAGUACUCCAUCUACCGGCGGAGGCAUCCCCAUCAUCGGAGGUGGUGGGCCGGUCGUUGGCGGUGGCGGUGGCGGUGGUGUCCCAAUCAUUGGCGGCGGUGUCCCAAUCAUAGGAGGUGGUGGUCCGGUGGUUGGAGGUGGUGGCCCUGUUUUUGGCGGUGGCGGCCCGGGAGUUGGAGGAAGUUGUCCAAUGGAUGCCCUUAAAUUAGGAGUAUGUGCAAAUGUACUUAAUGGUUUGUUAAACGUGACCUUAGGAGCUCCACCAGUAACACCUUGUUGCCCACUUCUCGGCGGGCUGGUCGACGCCGAGGUGGCUGUCUGCCUUUGCACCGCCAUAAAAGCAAACAUAUUGGGUAUCAACUUGAACAUUCCGGUGUCUCUUAGCUUGCUCGUUAAUUACUGUGGUCGCCAAGUUCCUCGUGGUUUCCAGUGUCCUUAAUUAAGUCUUCAAACCGUGCCAAAUUGACGUCAAAAAUAAGUAUGGGAGUGUGCUUUAAUUAGUGGUGACUGUUGAUUUCUAAUACCCAUUGAUUAUAUAUUUUUUUUCCUAUUUGUUGUUAUGGUGUAGUUAUUUGGAAUAACUACGUACUUUUUUCUUAUUCUGAGGCUUAAUCAUAAUUAAUUGAUUAUAGUCUUCUUUGAUUUGUAAUGUAAGGUAAACUGUCUUAAUUUACCUUGCUAAGAAUAUUAUGUUUGAUGGACAUUCAUUUGAUUAUUGUUUUGCUCUUAAUAUUUUAGUUUUGUUCUAUGCUAAGUU